GAACCCUGAAGGAUGGAGCUGGUCAACGGGACCGAGGGCUCUGAGUUCUUUCUGAAAGGAUUCUCCGGCUACCCGGCCCUGGAGCGCCUGCUCUUCCCUCUGUGCUUGGCCAUGUACCUGGUGACUCUGCUGGGGAACGCGGCCAUCAUAGCGGUGAGCGUGCGGGACGUCCGUCUGCACACGCCCAUGUACUUCUUCCUGGGCAACCUCUCCAUCCUGGACAUCUGCUACACGUCCACCUUUGUGCCCCUGAUGCUGGUCCACCUCCUGUCGGCCUGGAAGACCAUCUCCUUUAUUGGCUGCGCGAUCCAGAUGUGCCUGAGCCUGUCCAUGGGCUCCACAGAGUGUCUGCUGCUGGCUGUCAUGGCCUACGAUCGCUACCUGGCCAUCUGCCGGCCACUCAGGUACCCGGUGCUCAUGAGCCACCGACUCUGCGUGCUGCUGGCGGGAGCCGCCUGGGUCCUCUGUCUCUUCAAGUCAGUGGCUGAGACGGUCAUGGCCAUGAGGCUGCCCUUCUGUGGCCACCACGUGGUCAAUCACUUCACCUGCGAGAUCCUGGCCGUGCUGAAGCUGGCCUGCGGCGACACGUCGGUCAGCGAGGCCUUCCUGCUGGUGGGCGCUGUCCUGCUGCUGCCGGUGCCCCUGGCGCUCAUCGGCCUGUCCUACGCGCUCAUCCUGGCCGCCGUCCUGAGGGUGCCGUCGGCGGCCGGGCGCCGCAGAGCCUUCUCCACCUGCUCGGCGCACCUGGCUGCCGUGCUGCUUUUCUACGGCACCGUCAUCUUCAUGUAUAUGAGGCCCAAGCGCCAGGAGGCCCGCGUCUCUGACGAGGCCUUCACGGUCCUCUACGCCGUGGUCACGCCCAUGCUGAACCCCGUCAUCUACAGCCUGAGGAACCAGGAGGUGAGGGAGGCCGCCAGGAAGGUGUGGGGCAGGCGGCGGGCCUCCGGGUGAGGGGGGCC